GUGAGGGCACAGACGCCGAGGAAGCCACAAAACACCACACGCCCGACAGAGCAGCAGCAGCAGCGAUAGCAGGAUGACACGCUCAUUCACUUGGUCAGCCCUCGGCUUCUGGCUUCUGCUGCUGCUGCUUUGCGGCCAGGCUGUCCAGGGCGCCCCCGAGCGCAGACACCGCGGCGACGGCUCGUGCCGGGCCGCGGGCAUGUGCUGCCCUGGACGGGACGCCUCGUGCGUCGUGCGCAAGAUGAUGACCCACGCUUCUAUCGGCGUCACCAGCGGACCGAACGCCCUGGUCGAGGAGCGCGACGAGCAGUCCUGCUACUGCGACCACGCCUGCAUGCAGCUCGGAGACUGCUGCGACGACUUCAAAGAGUCGUGUGGAGUGUCGGACUGCCAGAUGUCUGAAUGGGGCCCGUGGUCUGAGUGUGACACCGACUGCGGGCCUGGGGGCAUGGGUCGUGAGCGCACCAUCCUGGAGAAGCCACGGAACGGGGGUCUGUCUUGCGGUGAGCUGCGCCAAAGGCGUGGUUGCUAUGGACACCGGUGCAACAGCAAGCCUCAGGACAAGAUCCACAGAGAAACGGCACUGCUGCUGCCAGUGACGUUCUCUCCGGUGCGUUCCAUGAAUGAUUCGUACGACAUCCGGCAAAACCUCAAGUACUUGCCCAAGAGUGAGCUUAGCAAGGAGAACAACACCACCGCAAAACCGUACGUGGUGCUCUUUGAAGUGACCAAGUCACGCAAGGCCUGCGAGGCUCUGGAGUCGUUCAACCUGCUACGCGAGGGACAACGGUUGUGCAUCUCUUGCGAGGUAACGGCCAUGCGCAAGCACUUGGGCCAUCGAUGCACGGGACACGGGCUGGAGGAUCGCACGUCCCGAUUCGCCGCCCUCGGUCACCUGCACUGCCACGGCCGCUGGCAGCGCCUCGAGCGCACUGACCGAUGCCCACAGGGUCGGCAGCCAGAUUUCAUCUUCGUCUAGUCAGUUUGUCUCGCGUCAUACUUUUCAAAGAAUGUGGUCAAGCGAAUACACGGACCUUCGGCCAAUCUUUGAGCAACCCAUGUGUCACAGGUUUGCGCAUAUCCUUGACAUAGUCCUCGUGACCACCAUUGAGUAAUUUUGUCCCGCUUGUCAGUGGGAUGCACAACAAGAAAUGAUGUCAGAAUUCAAGACAGGAAAAAAUGUUUUAUCACCAGUAUUACCUGGCGUUCACGACAAAAUUGUCAGUCAUCACGACGAAUGUCCUUCUUUCUAGAAAGACCAUAGGGGAGCUGCAUAGGCUACGAGAAAGUUAGCCUUGUCACAAAAACACAAGGAAGACGUAGCCGCAUCGCAGCAUCAAUGCCACAUAGGUUUAGGACUGGACUGCGGCCGGAACAAUAGAAGCGUUUAUAUGCCUGUCUUGCGUUCUUUUUAAUUACUGAAUUGUGCGAAACAUAACGCGGUUUGACAAUAAAUCUAAUAGAAGAGGCACCACUUGCCAUGAAGCUUCACAUUUGAGAUCACUGUAUGAAAGGCAGUUUUAUUACAUUCGCACUCACUUUACUUUGUCUGCUCAGUUGUCCUAAAAAAUUCCAAUUCACUUGAACGUUUUGUGAAGCUGAGCUGCAUUAUUUGUUUCUUUCAGAGAGAUUUAUAUCUCCGGAGGUUUAAAGCUUAUCAAAUCUGGAAUAUUUAAUAGGUGCUUGCAAGGUAUGAUGUAUUUGUAAAGAAAACCUGUGGGCAGGACUCGAAGUUGUGGUGUGGAGCAUGAUGCUAACUUUUCACGCAGCUGUUACACCAAUUCUUUACAGUCGAACCUAGCUUCAAUGACACCUGCAGUUCCGUAAUGCUCUAAACCCAUUGCCUAUCGCCAUUGUAUUCAUUGAGUCUUGACUGUUUCGUGACUAUGCGCUAAAUAUUACAAUCAGGCAGUGUCCAGAUGAAACACCAAGGGGCAAAUGACUUCUGCUGUCUUGAGACAGAAUUAUGCUCUACUGAAAAUAACUUGUGUGAAAAUAAGCAACAAGGGCAUAUUUGCAUAGAAGUAUUUGCAUAUGUGCAGCCUUCCGCGAGAAAGAUUCUAAUAAGUAGUAAAGAUUCCAGUGGCUCGGUUCAUGAAAAUAAAAUGAAAAAAGCAGUCACUCCAAGACACACUGCCAACAAACACUCCAGUCUUUGACUGUAUGUAAAGGAAGCAAGUAUAUAUAGCUUGCUUGAUAUCGACGACUUCAAAAUAUUUGUUCUCACACCCCAAUGCUCAUAUUGCAGCACUUCACAAAACGUACCAUUUUGGACCAUGCUUUCCAGACCCUGCGUGCGCCACCCACAUUUAUUUGGAAAACGUUUGGCAACCUGGUGAAUUCUUAAUAAGUCUAGAUCGCAAUAAAGCAUGAAUCAUUUGUUCUAAUUCAUUUAAGGUGUCGCGUUUCGUAUACAAUUAGAAAGAUUCCGUGACGGAGAAAGCAGUCCAUUUAUUUCGUUCACUACAUAACACGGUUUACAUCCUAUUUUACAAAGACGAACGUUUUUCCCACUUUCAUGAAGCGUGCUCAACAACUUAUACAGCCAUAGUUAAAAAGCACUGUAGCGCAAUGUAAUUCCCACGCUAUUCUUGCUUAAGCGCAGUACUUCAUCGUCUUAAUGUGUAACGUUUUCACUAUUGCUUCUGUAUUUCAAAAUGUGCCUUCACUCAUUGGAACCACGGUUAAUUAAUUCCUUGCUUCAAAAAGCCUGUAGGUGCCAGGUACGCAAAGACAAUGAAAGAUGCCGCAGAAUAAAGACAAGACUGCUUCUGCUUCUUGCAGAAGCAGUCUAAGUACAUCGCUUUACAACCUUUGCGAAACAAAUGAAAACAGAGAUAACUGUAUACAAGAAAAUUUGCAUCCCAACAUGAAGUCAUCGUUUAAGUAAUCUGUUCGACUCGGUACCACAACUUCACAUGUCCAGCAAUUUCGCUUUUAUAGUACACUCCUGAACUUGACACCACAGAUAAAGCGGACCUAUUGAAAUCAAUGAAGACAUGAUCUACAUAAGUUGAAUAAUUUUGACAAAAAAGAUGUUUCAUAAAGCAGCCACAAAUAAAUGCACUGCCAUCGACGUAUCUCAAAGAAACAUUGUAUUGUAGAACGCUUCAAACAAACACAAGCAGACCGCUGUUGGUCACGAAGUUAUUUCUUUUUUUUUAAAUGCAAUUCAUAUCAGAUCUCAGCUUUACGGUUGCUUGGAUGCCCUCAAGAUCACUGCUAAUUGAACUAUUGGUGGUCUUUUAUUUUUGUAUGCCAAGUAGUGACAUACCACUCGAAAUCCAGCUUGUAGUGUCUUUUUUACACUUGUUGGUGUUAGAAGUGUCCUUAGAUUAGCCAAUGUCAAUAAACAUUUUUUUAUUUCUGAA